AUGGACCAAUACGGCGACGACUCAAAACGCAAGCCUCUGAAAGGCCUGGUGCUUACCGAAGAGCAGAAAAAGGCGCACCACAUUGCCCUGGAAAAGAAGCGCCGGGAAAACAUUCGUCUGGAGUUCGACAAAAUCGUGCUGUUGACUCCGACGCUCAGCGAGCUGGAGAACCGACUGGAGCUUAAUAUCCUCACCAAGAGCGCCGACUACAUUUGUGAUUUAAAGCAGGAAAACCACCGGCUCAUAGAGUUGUGUCGAAGUAAAGGCAUCCCCGUGCCGCCGGAGCUUCUCUACACCGGUCCCGCUAGCGAUGGCAGCGAUAUCACCAAGUAA